CAUACACACAAGCCUGGAAAGGGGGGGGGGGAAAUAAUUACUCAUGCAAAGUGAGGUCUAUAGGGGCCAAUGGAUGGAAUAUCCAAAUGACUUGUGCACGACCAUAUUGCGUCCAAAUCAAAUCCAUCACUUUUACUUUCUGCCCUUCAGGGAACAACCCAUCUACAGCACCCGAGCUCAUGUCUUCCAGAUUGACCCUAACACGAAGAAGAACUGGGUUCCCACCAGCAAGCAUGCUGUUACCGUGUCCUACUUUUACGACAGCACAAGAAAUGUCUAUAGGAUAAUCAGCUUGGAUGGCUCAAAGGCAAUAAUAAAUAGCACUAUCACUCCCAACAUGACAUUCACAAAAACAUCACAGAAGUUUGGUCAGUGGGCAGAUAGCAGAGCAAAUACAGUUUAUGGCUUGGGAUUUUCCUCUGAACAUCAUCUCUCAAAAUUUGCAGAAAAAUUUCAGGAAUUUAAAGAAGCUGCACGACUAGCUAAGGAAAAAUCCCAAGAAAAGAUGGAAUUAACAAGUACACCCUCACAGGAGUCUGCAGGUGAAAUCCAAUCUCCUCUUACACCUGAGAGCAUUAAUGGGACGGAUGAUGAACGGACAACCCCAGAAGUGUCGCAAAACUCAGAACCAAGGGCUGAACCAACCCAGAAUGCAUUGCCGUUUGCGCAUAGUUCGGCAAUCAGCAAGCACUGGGAGGCAGAACUCGCUACACUCAAGGGUAACAAUGCCAAGCUGACAGCAGCUCUGCUCGAGUCCACUGCCAACGUGAAACAAUGGAAGCAACAGCUUGCUGCAUAUCAGGAGGAAGCAGAACGUCUACAUAAGCGGGUGACUGAGCUGGAGUGUGUGAGUAGUCAAGCAAAUGCAGUCCACACUCAUAAAACAGAAUUAAACCAGACAAUUCAAGAAUUAGAAGCCACGCUGAAGAAAAAGGAAGAGGAGAUCGAAAAACUGAGACAAGAAAUUGAUAAUGCUAGAGAGCUUCAGGCACAGAGGGACUCCUUAACUCAGAAGCUACAAGAAGUGGAAGUUCGAAACAAAGACCUAGAAGGACAACUGUCUGAUCUAGAGCAGCGUCUGGAGAAAAGCCAGAAUGAACAAGAAGCUUUUCGCAAUAACUUGAAAACACUUUUAGAAAUUCUUGAUGGCAAAAUCUUUGAACUGACAGAACUCCGAGAUAACCUGGCCAAGCUAAUAGAAUGCAGCUAAAGAAAAUGGGAUCUCAGUGCCAACUUUCUUAAAGAUGCGCUGUCUCUCUUCAUAGGACUUCGUUGGGCUCUGCAUCAAAGUUGCACAAAAUUGGGAAAAUGCUCCUCCAGGAGGGCCUAUUUUAAAUUUUCAACAAUAUAUUUCAGUGUAAAAUUUUAGAAUUCAGCUUGUAGCUAGUUGGGAAAAAAAUAACUUGAAUUACAAAUUACCUCCUUGUAUAUAAUUGGCCAUAGAUAACUCGAAAGAUAUUAACAGUAAUUGAAUGCAAUCCUUUUCUAAUUAUUAGCCAGUGAAAUAACGAGAAGUGCCCCAAAUGACAUCCCUUUUAGUGUUAGACAUAAUGUAGAUGAUCUGUUUUAUUUUAUUUUGUUGGUUAAGGGCACAGUCUUAUGCAUGCUUAGACUGAACGAAAGGCCUACAGCUCCCAGCAUGCCCUAGCCAACUAUGGUGGCUGGGGAAUUCUGGGAAUUGUACAACUUAUUUCUGUCUAAACAUGCAUAGGAUUGUGUCCUACGGUACCUAAUUGCUGUGUUUUGUGCAAGAACUUUGUGAUGACAGCCCUGUCUUUUGUUGUAAUCUUAAUAAUUUCUCAGGAUAUUUUGCACUGUUAAGAAACAGUGCAUCACCAAUUAAUUCUUGCCAGGAGUGAGAGAGAGUUGCAUCUUUAAUUCUAACCUAGUGAAUAACUGCUUGUAUAGAGCUCUUCCCAUUUUUAUACUGGAAGAUACUGUAUUUAUUUAUGAUGUUCACUCUGGUGUUCUAUAAUAUUGUCCAGUGUAUGGUUUACUUUCCCCUAUUUAAGUCCAUAUAUGUAGAAGUUCUGUAUUCCAUUUUGUUACACAUUUUGAAGCCAAUCUAUGAAGACAGGUGAGUCCCUUGAAAGUAUUUUAAAAUUUCCUAUAUAGAAAUAAGAAAUAUAAGGAUCAAUCUAGUUCUAUUAACAAUUACAUAGGUUUAAUAUUUACUGUUACCGAAAUACGUUUUGAUAAUUUAUUUAGCAAGAAACCUCAUGUUCUGGAAACACAGUGAUUGGCAGGGCAUUCUCUUUAAAUUGUCCUGGCUCAGUCAUAUAUAUAUUUUUAAAACAAUGUAUAAUCAUAAGAAAUUGAAAUGGAGUGUUUUGUGUUUUUUCUGUUGGAUCUUCACAUCACAUCUUUAGCAAAAAAAACCACACCAGGCAAUAUUCUGAACUUCAAAACAGGAAUUGAAUUCAGUUAUCCUCAGUGAACAUGUUUUUAAGUUGUUUUGAUGUAAUUUACAAAAGACUUUUGCCAAACAUGUAUUUCUUUAUAUAAUAUUUUUUAUUUUAAAGAAAAAAAAGAAAAGAAAAGUAAGCCAAGUGUCAAAUGUCUGCUUACUGAAUGGGAACUGUAUUAUGGGACAAUCUUGCUGUAAAUUGUCUAAUAUUGGAGAGGAUUUUGAAAUAUGAAUGAAAAAGAAUCAGACACAAGAUGCACUGACCUUUUAUUUAUACCCAGAUUAAUUUGAAUAUUAAAUACAAAAUCCAGCUUGAAUAUAAACUCUGUACGAUAGACAAUUUUUUCCACUUAAGGACUGCUAUUCAAAACUAGAUAAUAUAAGUCGGGUUUUUUAUGUGUGUACUGUAUGUAUAUACUGUAUAAUACACGCAUUCUAAUUUGUAUUCCAAGUGGGAGAAAUACAUGGUUUAAUUUAUAAAAUGCGGUUUUCUUUAUCUGUAAUUAACAGGUAUCUCCUGAAAUGCCAGGAUUACCAUUUAACUAAACUCUAAAUUAUCAUGUAUUAUACUGUAUGUACUGUACACAUCAUUUAAGUUUCAUCCAUACUUUAGAGUAUUUUAUCACUUAUUUUUAUUUAUUAUUGAGGAAAAUAUUUGUUCAUUACAUUCAUAGGUAAAAGCUUUCUAUGGUGAUUUUUUUUAAAGACUUAAUAGCUAGAUGUUGACGAUGUGUAAUUUUAUCAGGUCCAGGAUAGUAGCAAUUACCUGAUUUUAAUUUACCUGGAGAAGUUUGUACCUGAUUCUCUCGCUAUAUGAGUGUCAAUUGGAAACAUCUUCAGCAAAGUAUAAAAUUGGUGUAAUUUGUGGGAGGAAUGAAACAUGUUCAUGCUGGGUGUUCCUAAUUAUAACAAGUUAGAGCAGAAAUAUGAUGGCAAAAAAUGUAACAUUAUUUUUAAUGAGAUCAAAAUUUUUAAUACAAUGACAUUUACAUGUGGGAAAAUAGUUUACAAAAUAUUUCCACUUAAAUGCUGUGUAUAUGUGUGGUACAAGAAAUUUCUUUGUAUAUGUACACACACAUAUGUAUAUACAGUAUAUGGAAAAAUUUAAAUGUGCACAUUUUUAAUAUUUUCCUAUUGAAAUUAAAUUUAAAAAUUGGAAAUCAAUAUUUGAGAAUUUCUUUUCUCAUGUAUAUUAAGAUGCUUGACUUUGGGUUCUUUUGUUUAUAAAAAUAAAAUCUAUGAGGGCUGCACCAUUGAAUUCCCAAAAAGUCAUCUAACAUGUAUAUGGGAUAAGGUGGACUUAAGUGCACAUAUAAAUAAAAUCCUAUUGUUAAGAAUAUUUUAAUGGACAUUUACAGUCGGUGGGUGUUUAGAAACUGUAGAAAUUGUACUCCGAAGUUCCUGAUUAGGUGGUUAUACCUACUGUAGCCUCUACACUUCUGUAUUAUUAAGAUAAUAAUUGGCAUAUUAGAAAAAGUGAUUUUUCCCAGCAACAGGUAUUACAUAUUGUAUCUUAUCUUAAGAGAAACUGUGGGAAUAUAUAUGCCAGAAAAUAAUGUUGGGAAUUGUAGACUAAAAAAAAAGCAAACAAGAACUUACAUAGGAGAACAAUCACAUUGUGUAUAACUUGUUAUAUGACAAGUAUUGAGUCUUGUUAAAAACAACUCUUUUAAAACCCAACAAAAUACAAUUUUUAUUUUGAAAUACAAUUGCUGUUCUGGAGAAUGUACUUUACUCAUUUUCUUUUCUUCUUGAACUCUUUUUAAGUAUUACAAACUGUUCAAUGGAUGGCAGCAUUUACCUUAAUCCUUCAGGUGCUACUGGAUUUUGAAUUAGAGUGUCAUGUUGUGAAAUUCUGACUUUGACAUAAAAAGGUUU